UUCAUCAUAAUCACGCGAUUUGUUUUGAUUUCAAAAUUAUUUAUCACGAAAACUAAUUACAAAUUAGUAUGUAAUUGAUUUGUUUGUGUUGUGGUUAAUUAAAAUGUAAAAUCAUAAAGGCCACUACUAGAUAAAAAAAAUGGAACAACUGUACGCGCUGGGUGUAUCUUGUAUAGAAUUUAUUCAAAACUGGUUUUCAGAAUACGAUGGCUAUUUCGAAACAAUCAAUAACCUGUCCAACCCACAGUACGCUCACGAGAUAUUGUUUCCGCUCAUGUCUAUCGUAGACUCUGUGUUUGCUGCUCAACUAUUACUGUGCAUAUCGUUUGGGAGUUGGCUGAAUGCUGUCAUGAAAUGGUGGCUCCUAGAAGACCGCCCUUACUGGUGGGUCCGCACCACAAACUUCUACACGGAAGCCCAACGGCCCCGACUAAUGCAGACACACCAGACCUGCGAGACGGGUCCCGGCUCCCCCUCGGGACAUUCGGCCACCAUCGCCACGUUGAUGCUGCUCGUUAUAAUGUGGCUGCAACACGUCAUGAAUGACAGAAAAUACUACGUGUCGUGGUGGAGGUAUGUAGUGUACCCGCUGACCGGCGCCGCCAUUUUGUCUGUUAUGUUUGCCAGAAUGUUCGUCGCCACGCAUUUCCCCCACCAAGUGGUUUUGGGUGCAUUCAUAGGCUCCUUCCUCGCCCCAGCACUGUGCAUCUACGUGUCAGACCCUUACAUUUGGCAGUACGGUUUCUACACAAACUACAAGGUGUCCAAAGCUAUAGCCUGGCACGUGUUCAGCGCUGUAGUCAUGAUAGCUAUAGGUGUUUUGACAUAUUAUAGCUUGAAGUUGUGCGGAUUGGACCCGAUGUGGACUGUCAAAUUGGCGUUCCGCUGGUGCGAAUAUCCAGAGAACAUCCACGUGAGCACCACGCCGAUGUUCGCGCUGGUCCAGUCCACCGCCAGCCUGUGCGGCUGGGCGCUGUGUGUCACCCCCGCUAUAGCCAAAUACCGACACUACACCAAAAAUCGUUCGCUGCUUAUAUCUUCAUUUUGUACAAUCGCAAUAGUUUACUUUAUUAAACAGUUACAAAGCAAUAUUAGUAAAGAAUCUGCCUUCCAUUUUUAUAUAGCAAAUUUUGUUAUAACUGCGGUAACACCUGCCUUGUUUUUAAGAUUGGUACCUGUCGUUGCCAUGUGGCCUUUUUCAGGGAAAGAAAAAGCAGAAUAGGAAAUCUUUCGAGCUUUAGUCAAUUUUUGUCAAAUAAUUUUAAUCAAAUUGUUAUAACUUACUACUUACUUACUAUCAGUCUUUUCAAGACUGUUGGUUCUGUCUACAACGCAAGGGAUAAAGACGGGAUUAUAUGUAUGUUUUAUUCCUGUAAUAAAAAAAGUUCUUAAACUUAAUAUAAAUCUUAUUAAUAUGGUCAUUGCUUAACUUUUAGUUUGAUUUUGGCUAAAUUUAUUGAAAAUUUUUGCAACAAUUGCUUAGGGGCCUUAAAAUAUUGUAAGUUUAAACUUUUAUUAAAUUUGUUUUAGUUUUUUGUAUCCUGACGAUUGAAAAUAUCCGGAUUGCAUAUUUUAUAGAAAUAAAAACAUAAUCAUAUUAUGAAGAAAUCAUUGCAUAAGUUUCGACAAAAGCAUUUGAUUGAACCUUACCAUGACAUUGAAUACGGCUUAUUUAUUAUUUGUUAUUGUUAAUAUACAUAAGUUAGUAAAAUUAUUAUUUAUAACCUUUAAAUUCUUUUUAUUUCUAAACUUUAGAAAUGAGAGGAAAUUUGUUAAAUUUUGUUUUCGGGCACCACAAGGACCGAUAUUGGAUCCUUUGUAAAAUGUUAAUUAAAUAAAGCUAGUUUAUUUGGCGUCUUAUUAUACCACGAAUUAUAUUAUAUUAUUAAUAAAAGAUAUAACGACGAGUGUGAUUAAUAUUUCUGAUGGCAAAGUGUUAUCAAAUUAUUCUGAAUGUGUGAUUAAUUUUAAAUGAUGGAUGAAAAAGGUUUCAAUUUUUUUUUUUUUGCUUUUUUCUCUCGAAUAAGGGAGAUAUCAUUUCGUUGGAUUUUUUUUUUAAUUUAUAUUAAUACAUUGUUUUAUUUAUAACCUUAUUUUAUUUAUUAUGUAAAUAAUAUUUCUUCACAUAUCGGCUUUUAUUAUAAUUAUAAUUCUGUGAUAGCUUUUGUGAAUCAAUAAUUUGUCACCGAGUUACUAUUAUUUAUUUUGUGAUGCGCACACCAAAUAAUUAGAUAAGUUUUAAGAGAAAAUUGGGAAGAAAUAAAAACAGUGAAAUCAA